UAAGCAACUCUGUUCAAAGUUCUUUUGUCUUAUAGGCUGCAUUAAAGCCAAAGAUCUAAAACUUUUCUUUGUCUUUCAAAAUGAGCUUUAUUGUUCUCUUCUGGUUUUCUGGACUGCUCUCCAGUUCAUCUACUUUUACACAACGGUACUUACCUGGAGAUAAAGUGUUUGCUAUAGAUGAAGAACAAAAACCAUUUGGCAUUCCUUAUCUCAACUUGGGUUCAAAGAAGGAAUUGUUUGAAGGAGACAUAGCCAUCCCUAUUGGACGAAAUGCCCUUAGGAAUAUCACCUACAGAUGGAAAUUUCCUAUACCGUACAUACUAGGAGACAGCUUGGACUUAAAUGCCAAAGGAGCAGUCUUUCAAGCAUUUGAAAUGUAUCGUCUCAAAUCAUGUGUAGACUUCAAGCCAUAUGAAGGAGAAAAAACAUUUAUAAAGUUUGAAAAACUAGAUGGGUGCUGGUCUUUUGUUGGUGACCUACAAACAGGCCAGGAGUUGUCACUGGGGGAUGGAUGUGAUCAUAAAGCUGUGAUUGAACAUGAACUGCUACAUGCUUUGGGAUUUUACCAUGAACAGUCUCGCACAGACCGAGAUGAUUAUGUAAAUAUACAUUGGGAAGAGGUCCAGCAAGGAAAGGAACACAAUUUUGUCAAAUAUAAUGACAGUUUUAUUACUGAUCAAAAUACUCCAUAUGAUUAUGAAUCCAUCAUGCAUUAUGGGCCAUAUUCUUUUAAUAAGAAUGUGAGUGCACCCACAGUGACAUGCAAGAUUCCAGAAUUUGAUAAUAUUAUUGGCCAGUAUUUGGACUUCAGCAAUAUGGACAUAAUACGGUUGAACAGAAUGUAUAAUUGCUCAUCCUCUCUAACACUGCUGGACCAUUGUGCCUUUGAAUCUAUUAACAUUUGUGGAAUGAUCCAAAGCUCAAAAGACGAUGAAGACUGGGUUCAUAUCAAAAGCAUUUCUGGGAUGGAUGAUCAUACGCUUCUUGGGCAAUGCAGAGAUGCUGGAUACUUUAUGUAUUUUAAUACCAAAGAAGGAAAAGAAGACCAAUCUGCAGUUUUAGAAUCCAGAAUUCUGUAUCCAAGACGAGACCUUCAGUGUUUACAGUUCUUCUACAAAAUGACUGGAAAUGUUAAUGACAAGCUAGUUAUCUGGAUAAAGAAGGAUGAUGGAUCUGGAAAUGUUCGAACACUUGUAAAAGUUCACACAUUUAAAGGAGACCAAGACUCUUCUUGGAAAAUUGCUCAUGUUCCCUUCCAAGCUACAUCUAAGUUCCGUUAUUUGUUUCAAGGUGUUAAAGGAAAUCCAGCACAGUCAAAUGGUGGAAUUUACAUUGAUGACAUCAAUCUUGUAGAGACUCGGUGUCCAAGUGGUGUUUGGCAAAUUAAGAACUUCACAGGUUUUCUUCUGACCUCUCCAAGUGGAGAGUAUAUUCAAAGCCCUCAAUUCAAUAGCCCAGAAGGGUAUAGCUAUGGCAUCCAAGUUAUACCCAAUUCCUCGUACAAGGGUUAUACAGGGAUUUUCUUUCAUCUUUUCAGUGGAGUGGAUGAUGGUGCAUUGGAGUGGCCAGUUGUAAACCGGCAGGCUUCCAUUACAGUACUGGAUCAAGAUCCUGAUAUACGACUGAGGAUGUCAUCCAGUAAAAGCUUUACUACUUCAGUGACACAAGAUGCAGAUGGCAAUUUCUACUGGGACAAUCCUUCAAAAAAUGGCAAAUAUGAUUCUAACUGUCAGUGUUAUAAAAGUGGGACAUGGGGUUGGAGGACAUUUAUCUCUCAUUAUGAUUUGCACCGCAGAAAUUACUUGAAAAAUGAUGAUCUCAUUGUUUUUGUUGAUUUUGAAGAUCUGACACCUCUUAUAAAAACUGAAGUUACACUCUCAGGAUUAAACCCAGAAAAUGAACUUCACAACAAAGUUUAAAAAACAUGUGGAACAGGUAAGAAUGUAUUUCUGAUAUGUA